AUGUCGUUUACAUCGAAAGCAACACAUAUUGAUCGUGAUGAUUUUGCAGCUGAUCAUUAUGCUGAUUUCGUUCGAGAUUCUCAUCGUACACGUUUAACAUUUGAUCAACUUGAUAUGGCAAGACGACAGCUUCGAAAAAAAGAAGAACUUUUAUCUCAAGCUCAUUCAAUAAAAAUGAAAGAACAUACUCGUAUUGAAAAUGGUUUCUUACGAAAACUUGAACAAAAUCCACGUAUUGCAAAUUUACCUAUGGUUAGAGAAAAAUUACGAGCACAACGACGACAAGGUUUAGAAUCUCCAAAUAAAAACUCAUCCGAAACGGAUAAAUCUAUGGGACAAGAAGAUAAUGUUUAUCAAAAAACUAAUCAAUUUAAACCAAUAACAAUGCGACCACCAUCAGCUAAAACAGAACGAUUAAAUGCUAAUCGUGACAAAUUUAAUCAAACUAAUGUUUUAUUAUGUUAG